AUGUCUCGAAGAAAGGCAGAUGGACGCAUAAUAUGCGCGUCCGCAUCUGGAGCAGUCCGCAGCUUUGCAGCCGCAGCUGGAAUAAAUUGCGCUCUAAUCACUAUCCGCGCUCCAUGGCGAAUCCAGCAAAAUGGACGCCGUGCGGUUACCGUUCGUCGCAGAUUUCCGCCUUUCUAUUCGCGGACUUUGGAACAGUUUUAUCACCAAAACAUUUGGCUAUGUGGUAUCGACCAUCCCUUCACCAUCUCGAAUACCUUUGACGAAUUAAUUGGUUUUCUGAUUACCUGUAACCGGCUUGGUGCCUCGAAUGAAAUUCUCAUUCUCAUGGUCGAGCAACUCAAAGACGGCCCAAAUCUGGGAAUUCUUCCUGGUUACCAUCAAACUUUGAUCAUACUGGACACUCCUGAUUCGUCUCUCCCGAAUCCUCCUUCUGACGUUUUGUCCGGAAGACUCACUUGCCACGUCUUCCUCAAUAGUUUGACCGGAAGUUUCUAUGUGGAACUUAUUGCAAAUCGCACUGCACUCCCCUGA